AUGCAGGGUAGGAUCAACAAAGUAGUGAAUAUGAAGCCCGAUGAGAUACUAGCUCUUAUGGAGGAGGCUGCUGGGACGAAGCUGUAUGAUCUUAAGAGGGCUCAGGCUGAGAAGAAGAUUGCCAAUAAGGAGGCUAGGGCAGCGGAGAUAGAGCGGACACUACGAGAGGAGUUCGAGCCGAGGUUGGCGCAGUUGCAGAAGGAGAGUGAGAACUAUGAUCGAUGGGCUAAGGCGAGCGCCGAGAUCGGUCGACUUGGGAGAUUUGUGGUAGCGUGGGAGUUCUAUGAGAUGACUAGUCAGAAGAGGGACUACGAGGAAAGGAUAGGAGAGAUGCAAGUGGCAUUACGUGGAAAGCAGGAGGAAGUCCUUGAGCGUGACAACGACAUUGAGGAGACGCAGGAGGAGAUUGAGGAGUGCAAGAAAAAGAAGGCAAGGAUUGACCAGCAACAGGAGGGAGAAUUCGCGCGGAUCAAUGAGCAGGCGAAGGAGGCGAAUCGUGGUGUGGUGAGAGCCCAGGUUAUGGUCGAGAACAAAGAGAAGGAUUUGAAGUCUGAGGAGGAGCGACUGAAGGACGUAGAGAAGCAGCUGGUUGGGAAACGAAAAGAGUUGGAGGAAGCGCAGAAGUGUUAUGAAAGGGAGGAAGUGAAACAACAGAAAAUGAUGAAAGAGUAA